GUUUAAAAAGCUAUACUAUACAAUUUCAUUGAUUUUCCCAAAAUGUUCAUUAAAAAACAAGCUAACUGGAUCCUACUAUCGUUCACUUUUUUCUGCUUCAUGCAUUGUCUUGCUGCACUUCCAAUUCGCGCCACUAAACGACAGCCAUCAUUUGCUGCUCAUAAAAACCUGCUGCAGUUUAAUCCAUUGGAAGAUGUUGUGGACCCUGCUACUGAUAUGGGUGGAGAUGACAGCGUGCAAGCGUUUGCUCAAGAAUUAAGAAAGACCCUUGCAGAAGCCAAAGAAAAACAAACAACAAGCAAAGGCGAGGAUGACGAUCUUACAGAUUCCUCUAGUCCGGACGACAAAGAGACUGAUUACGAAGAAGAUGAUGAAAAAGAAGUAAUCAAAGAUGAUGAACUUCCUGUCGUAGUUCAAGGAUUGGAAAAGAUUGUUGGCGGCGUAGAUUUAUAA